AGUUCUAGCACUAGAGAUGCCCUACACCCAAACCCAUCUCUUGAAGCAUUCUGACCAAAUACUUUCUUACAUUUUGUCCUUGUAAAGCUCCACUUUGUCUAGAUUCUUAGUUUGGUACAUUUAAUUGCUCUUCUUAGGGAAAUAUAUAAAAACUUGAAAAGAAAAUUUUUCUGAGCUCUUUGUAUUCCAAAGUCACCACCGUUCCAUAUUUCGGAACUAGCUAUAGCUAUUAUUGCUGCGAUGUGGAGUUGAUGAAUCAUGGAAGAUCAGUUCACCAUCUCAGUCUCUCUAGCUCAAUAUCAAUUCAGCAACUCCCGACAUUCGGGAGACAUACCUGUAAAUCAAACCCCACUGAUAGAUUCUUCCGGUUUCAAGUCAAAAUGCAACAGUCUGAAUUGCCAGCGAAACUGGGUAGUAACGGCAGAACUACUAAAAUGGUGCCUACAAGUGAGGUAAAGAAAAGGAAAACUCCGUCAUUAGAUAAUGUGGAUGUAGUGAAUGGUUCCAAGAGGGUAGUCAAUGGUUCAAACGGGGUGGUGAACGGUUCAAUAGGGGUAGCGAAUGGUUCGAAAGGGGUACUGAAUGGUUCAAAGGUGGUUGUAAAUGGAGCAAGCAUUGUUAAGAGAGAUAUUGCUUCUGCCCUGGUUAAGACCAAAAAAACUGGGGGCUCUAAAGCGCUUCCACCAAUUGAAGAGCUAAAGGUUCUUCCAUCAGAUGAUGGUUUCAGUUGGGCCAGCGAGAAUUAUAAUUCGGUUCAGAGAUCUAUAGAUGUAUGGUCUUUUGUGCUUUCUUUGCACGUCCGUGUUCUGUUUGACAAUGCGAAGUGGUCAUAUAUCGGAGGCUUCACAGAAGAUAAGCAGAAAAACAGAAGAAGAAGAAUUGCAUCGUGGUUAAGGGAAUGCGUAGUGCAACUUGGUCUGACUUUUAUCAAACUUGGACAAUUAUCGUCGACAAGGCCUGAUCUAUUUCCACGUGAGUUUGUAGAUGAGCUUGCCAAGUUGCAGGAUAGACUAGCGGCAUUCUUACCAAAGAAAGUGAAAGCCUUCAUUGCAAAUGAACUAGGAGCUCCAGUUGACAUAUUAUUUAAGGAGUUUGAAGUUCAGCCAAUUGCAGCUGCUAGUCUCGGUCAGGUAGGUGCUCGAUGUACAUAUAUAAUAUAUGAAGCCUUUGGGGUAGUCACAUUGACGUCUUUUACACUAUCCAAAGACCAAUCACUUUCUACUUUUUGUUAUCAUUUUCUGUUUUAUAUGGAUUUAAAGCAUAUUGGAAAUUUAAAGCUAAUUGCAGAGUACUUUCAGAGAAGUGAAACACUUGGUGGUCCAACCAGAGAUUGGAUAGGGAUAUAUGAAGAAUGUGCCAAGAUUUUGUACGAAGAAAUUGACUACAUAAAUGAAGGGAAGAAUGCUGACAGAUUCCGCCGGGAUUUUCGGAAUGUGAAGUGGGUUCAAGUACCUCUAGUGAUUUGGGAUUAUACCGUGACCAAGGUAUUAACAUUGGAGUACGUUCCAGGCAUUAAGAUAAAUCGGACUGAUAUGUUAGAUGCGCGUGGUUACAGUCGAUCUCAAAUUGCCUUGCGUUCUAUGGAAGCAUAUUUAAUCCAGAUCCUCAUAACUGGUUUCUUUCAUGCUGAUCCUCACCCUGGAAAUCUUGCUAUUGAUGUGGAUGAAUCACUCAUUUAUUACAAUUUUGGUAUGAUGGGAGAGAUCAAAUCUUUUACAAGGCAGAGAUUGCUGGAUCUAUUCUAUGCAGUUUACGAGAAAGAUGCAAAAAAGGUUAUGGGCAGCCUGAUAGAUCUUGAAGCUCUUCAGCCCACAGGCGACCUGUCAUCGGUUAGGAGAUCAGGGCAGUUUUUCUUGGAUAAUUUGUUGAGUCAGUCACCAGACCAACAGCAGACUUUGGCUGCCAUUGGCGAGAGACGAAAAAGGGUGGUCCCAUGGCUUGAACCCUUUGAUGUGGCAUAUGACACCACAAGGGUGCCACCCCACAGAACUCAGAACUUGGGCGUAAUGACACCACAAGGGUGCCACCCCACAGAACUCAGAACUUGGGCGCUCAAGUUCGGUCAGGACGACAUAAUCGUGAUUGGGAACUCAACAAAGGGUUUUUUAAGUAAAUUACCACCGCGGCACGUCGUGCGAAACCCUAGCAUUGCGUUCACUCGCUCCGGCUAUAAAAUCAGCCUCACCCUCACAAACCCUUCUGCUUUCUCCCGCUACCCGUCUCUCUCUCUCUCUGCUUCGCUCCAGCAUUUCUCUGGGCAGCUAGGGUUUCACUGCCUCCUUCACGAAGUCUCUGCUUGUGAGCUGGGUAGAUCUGUUUUCUUUUCGCCUUUUGAUAGGUCGUGUCAUUGUUUUCGGAUACACAUGGAAUUUUCUGCUAUGAUUUAUGUACCCUGUGUUAGAUUUUGUUGUUGUAGAGCUCCUUCAGAUCUCAUCAUCCCUGUAUUUGCAUGUGGUGUAGUUACCCAACAUGUAUUCACAGUUGACUGUGACUCCUGUACUGUAUUUGUCUACCAAAUAUUUAGCAUCUACUAUACCGCAUGUGGAGAUGCAACCUUUUCUAAUCAUAACAUGAUUUUGACUUCAGAGGCUUAA